AUCAUGUGACCUCGCCGAUCACCUGAUCCUCCGUAGACGUCUUUACGAGUCACGACUGCUGCGAUUAAUUCAUACCUCUUCGUCUGUGAUUUUCGGGCCGCGCGGAUCUUUGACGGCUGCAACCAUGGCGCUCAGCGAUGCCGACGUUCAGAAGCAGAUCAAGCACAUGAUGGCCUUCAUUGAACAGGAGGCCAAUGAAAAGGCAGAAGAAAUUGAUGCAAAGGCCGAGGAAGAGUUCAACAUCGAGAAAGGCCGGCUGGUCCAAACUCAGAGGCUGAAGAUAAUGGAGUACUACGAGAAGAAGGAAAAGCAGAUCGAGCAGCAGAAGAAAAUACAGAUGUCGAACCUGAUGAACCAGGCUCGACUGAAGGUGCUGAAGGCCAGAGAUGACAUGAUCUCGGAUAUGCUGAACGAGGCGCGCCAGCGGCUCGGGAACAUCGCAAAAGAUCCGGCCAGGUAUCCCGGUCUGAUGGACGGCUUGAUUUUACAGGGAUUAUAUCAGCUUCUGGAGUCCAAAGUGACCAUCCGCUGUCGUAAGCAGGACUUUCAGAUGGUGCAGGCCUCCAUCCAGAGGAAUAUUCCUGUAUACAAAGCGGCUGUGAAGACCAACGUCGAGGUCCGCAUCGACCAGGAGAACUUCAUCUCCCCCGACAUCUCCGGAGGUGUUGAGAUCUAUAACGGAAACGGCAAGAUAAAGGUGGCCAACACCAUGGAGAGCAGACUGGAACUCAUGGCUCAGCAGAUGAUGCCUGAAAUCCGGGUGUCCCUCUUCGGUGCCAACCCAAACCGCAAGUUCCUGGACUAAAGAGCUCCGCCCUGCUGCAGGACAAACUCUCCCUCUUGUUAUUAUUAUUGUUAUUGUUAUUAUUAUUUUAUUUUUUAUUUCGUCACAUGAAAAGUCAUCCCUCCUUCUGUGAAACAAAAAGAGACUCGUUGUCGUUGUGUGAUGUGUUGCUGUAUUAUUAUUUUUUUGUCUGUGCACGGAGGCACGUGACAGACAGACGUGCACCGUGGGUACCGCACGGCUGUUUACUCCGCUGCUCCCGGUUCACACCGAUUUCGUCGGGCGCGACGGGAUCCGCUGAUUGGCCGGAGGUCUAAAACGGGUCGUGCGCCUAAUUAGAUUUGAGACAAACACAGCGUCCGUGAUCCCAGAUUAAAAAUCGCACGGGUUAUUGUGCUGCUUAACGGAUGCACGCGCCAACCAAUUACAGAGGAAAUAAUACUUUGACCGUACUUGACCUCACGCAGUUCAUUUAUUAUUGUGCGGGUGAUAUCAUUCCAGAGGGCGCGCCAGAUGUGACGUUUCCAGAUUAAAUUAUACGUAUGUGUGUUUGGUUUUUCCUUUAUUUCUUUGGUCGUUGGUGUCCCAAUCUGAUGAGAUGUGAUAUUGUGGAAAAGUAAAACAUAAUAAAAUAUAAAUCCUUA